AGUAGGAAGCAUUUAUUAUCACCGUCGUCUAAGCUAGAUUCAUCACUCGAUUCAUCUAGCUACCGCACAAAGAAUCGCAUAUGAUGCAGUUCAGCGGCGGCACGGCAAGCGUGCUUCCUCCGCGGGCGCCGGGGAGCCUCGAGCCCGACUACUCCACGCGGAGCAUCUACCGCGAUUCGAUUCGGAGAGUCUCCGUCUCCAGCGGCCUGUGCACGUCGGCGCGGUUCUUCCUCCCAACCGGCGGCGACACUGCGUCCUCGGCGGGAGAAGGAGCCUACUGCUGGUCGAGCGCUAGCUCGGCCUCCUGGGAUGCAUCGGCCGGUUGGUCUUCCGUGUCCCAGUCCUUCUCGUCCGAUGGCGACCUGUGCUUCUCCGACUGGGGUGCUGCGGACCCAGAUGGAGACGACGAGCUCCGCGCCAUCGCGCGGCAGAUGGUCCAUGACGGCUGCAUGAAGGGCCUCAUCCGAGGGUUCAGCGCUGGCCGCUCGAGCUCGUCGUCAUCAGCGCACUACGGAUGCCUCGGCCCCGACUCCAGCGCCAGCCGCGAAGAGCUCCUUCUCCUGGGCAGCUGGUUCUCAGAGCUGGAUGUGGAGUGGGUUCUCCCUACCGGGCAAGGAGACAGGACGCAGCUCCAGCUCCACCUCCACCUGGAGGAUGGAUGCGCCUCCAUCCAAGAUUUGACGGAGAGGUGGAUCAAAGCUCUCAAGACCAUGGUGCAGGUGCUCCGCAUCACGCAACUGGACCUCCGCGCAAAGAAGAAGCCAGCCGCCGGGAAUGGAAUCUGGCACUUCAUGCUGCUGGCCACCGGGAAAACGGCGGAGCACGAGCAAGAGGUGGCCCAGUUCACGCGGUUUGCCGAGGUGAGCCUCCUCAGGAUGCUUGACUUCGUUGACGCCGUGGCGGACGCGGCUCUCAACGACGACCACUCGCCGGAGACGCUCCCCGGGAUGUUGCAGGUGUACACCUGCGUCGUGGAUGACUCGCCGACCGUCCUGUCCUUGUUCGACGAAGCGUCCAGCACCACCUCCACCUCCACCUCCACCUCCAUGUUCGAGGCCAUGAAUGAUGUCUUCCUGCGGAAGAGGAACAAGCUGAGCGACGCCAUAAGGAGCAUGAUAGAGAAGGUUACAGUUUCCUUCUUAAGGGACCGCUGCAUCUGGACAGCCUCGCUGGAGGAGGCUGGGGGGGUCCACAAGACCACCAUGCUGAUGAUGAACUACGUCAUGUUCCUUUCGCGGAUCGAAGGUGCGCUCAGUUUCGGCCUGCACGAUUCAAGCCCCGUGGUCAACCUCAUCAAGGAUGUGAUCUCCUGCUUGGAGAAGCAACUCGAGAGGACGUCCAAUUUGAUAUCUGACCCAGGAUUACGCUACUUAUACUUGAUGAACAAUUACAGCUUCAUUUCAAAGAAGGUUUCAUCUUUGCUCUUGCCACCAUGGACUCUGAUGGAAGACUACAAGAUCGAGAAGCCCAGAAAAAGAGAUUCCGUGAGAAGACUUCCCCCAAUGGAGGAUUAUGUUAACCAGCCAGAUCCAAAUCUUCGAGCCAAAAUCGAAACAGAUUCGAACUUGGAUGGCCUUGUCAAGACCCAGAGCUUCAUAGAAGCUUACCUCGAUGCCUCUUGGGAGCCAGUGAUGUCUUGCUUGAACCAUGCCAUACCUCACGGCUUCCUGAGAUGCGGCAGGGCACUGGAUAAAUUCGAAUCAGAAUUCCAGAGAACGUACGCCAUGCAAAAGCAUUGGAAGGUUCCAAACCCUGAGCUUAGGAAGAGAUUGCGCAAAGCCAUCAUCGAGAAAGUCAUUCCAGGUUACAGCAAGCACUUGGCGGAGCAAACGGCCAAGUGGAAGAGCAUUAGACAACCUAAGAAUACUCCCCUUGAACUGGAGCAGCUACUUGAAGAAUUGUUUGAAGGAUGAUUGGUCGUGUUCGUGUCGGCCAUGUAUAAUGAAAGAGGUUUGUUACGGUGCUUGCAUUGAAAGGAACCAGAGGUUCCUCCCCGUCUUCAAAAAAAGGAUGUUUCAAUUGAAAUAGGGGUAGCUUAGUACUUACCUCUUCUGCACGGCCCUACUCGACGUGGCCGCCGAGGCCGACCUCGCCGAGCCCCGGUACGUGUACUUCGCCUCC